CCAGCUAUUGUCUGUGGCUGGCGCAGGCGCGGCUUGGCUUCUCCGCCGCUUGCUACUUGACGCCUGCGCACCGCUCUGCCCUGCAUUGUGUGAGCUCGGGCGGCGCCUGCGCAGCGCCGUGCCCUGCUCUGCCCGUGAGCCGCUAUGUGCAGGGAAUAACGUUGGACCCGUUGCCACAGGGACACCGACCGGAGCGCCCCGCCCCCGUCCUGCGGGGAUGCCGGCUCAGUGAGCACCGGCAGCGGAACCACCGCUAGGGACGGUCCCUGCCCGGCGCGGCGAACCUCCUCGAAGGAGGGCGGUUCUCGCGCGCCGGGACCUGGCGCCAACCGGCGGGGACAGACCGGCGGAGGACGCGAUAGUGCCCAAGGAUGACGUAGCUUUGCCAAGGAUUUAUCAGCUAAGCAGAAAAUGAGCUUAACAUCCUGGUUUUUGGUGAGCAGUGGAGGCACCCGCCACAGGCUGCCACGAGAAAUGAUCUUUGUUGGAAGAGAUGACUGUGAGCUGAUGUUACAGUCACGAAGUGUGGAUAAGCAACAUGCUGUGCUGAACUAUGAUGCCUCUACGGAUGAACACUUGGUGAAGGAUUUGGGCAGCUUGAAUGGGACGUUUGUGAAUGAUGUGAGGAUUCCAGAGCAGACAUACAUCACUCUGAAGUUAGAAGAUAAACUGAGAUUCGGAUAUGAUACUAAUCUUUUUACUGUUGUCAGAGGAGAGAUGAGAGUCCCUGAAGAAGCACUUAAGCAUGAAAAAUUCACAAGCCAACUUCAGCUAUCCCAAAAAUCUUCAGAGGCAGAAGGAUCGAAGCAAACCAGUUCCAAAAGCUCAGAGUCCAAGGUAACAGACUCCACAGCCGAAGUGCAUCACAAAACUCCAGAAGCAUUGAAAUCUGAAGAGAAAUCAAUGGAUCUUUCUGCCAUGCCUCGUGGGACACCUUUAUAUGGACAACCAGCCUGGUGGGGUGAUGACGAAGCUGACGAAAAGAGUGGUUGCAAGCCAGAUGGCAAGCAUGAAGAGAAAAUGCAUGAGAUGGGGGCUUCUGGAUGCGGCACAGAUGCCAAGCAAGCUGAGGAGCAAUCUGCGGCUGCAAGUGAAGAACUUUAUCCUUUCUGUAGGGAGCCAAGUUAUUUUGAGAUUCCUACAAAAGAAUUCCAGCAACCUUCACAGGUAGCAGAGAGCACCAUUCAUGAAAUUCCAACAAAAGACACCCAAAGCUCCCAUGCAGCAGGUGCAGGGCAUGCUUCCUUUACCAUUGAAUUUGAUGACAACACUCCAGGCAAAGUAACCAUCAAAGAUCACGUGACAAAAUUCACAUCAGAGCAGCGUCACAAGUCAAAAAAGCCUUCUUCCUCCAGUGGUCAAGACCUGCCUGGGCUUCAAACAGUGAUGAUGGCUGCAGAGAGCAAAGUAGCAGAUUGGCUAGCACAGAACAAUCCUCCUAGAAUGAUAUGGGAACCAACAGAGGAGGAUUCCAAAAGUAUUAAGAGUGAUGUUCCGGUGUACUUGAAGAGACUGAAAGGAAAUAAGCAUGAUGAUGGUACGCAGAGUGAUUCAGAAAACGCUGGUGCACACCGGCAUUACGCUAAGCGGGCAGCACUUGAAGAGCACUUGAGACAUCAUCAUACAGAGCUGAAAAAGUCACACCAGAAAGUCCAUUUGACAGAAAAGCAACAAGAGCAGGCUGGUUUGAGUCAGACUGCCUUCAUGAUUGAAUUUUUUGACGAAGACCAUCCUCGAAAGAGACGUUCUUACUCUUUCUCUCAGAACGUAGCAGCUCUGUGCGCAGAAUCUCCAGCUCCAGCACCUCACGUGCGAGCCGAAAGAGCUAAACCUGCAUCAGGAGAGAAAGCAGCCCCUUCAUCUGUGCCGGCCAGCUCAUCCCAUCACAGAGCAGUACAUGGUGUCAAUGCAAAGCUUCUAAAGCAAAAGUCAGAAGAACCCUCUGCUGCUUUACCUGUCUUACAAGCUGCAUUGUUAAGGAGUUCAGGAAGCCUUGGCCAUAGGCCUAGUCAAAACCAGGAGAUGGACAAAAAGUUGAAAAGCCAACAUAUUUCUUCUACUACUGAAAAGGACAAUGAAGAUGACCAGAGUGACAAAGGUACUUACACUAUUGAGUUGGAAAAUCCCAAUUCUGAAGAAAUGGAAGCCCGUAAAAUGAUUGACAAGGUAUUUGGAGUGGAUGACAGCCAGGAUUAUAAUAGGCCUGUUAUCAACGAGAACCAGAAAGAUUUAGUAAAAGAUUGGGCUAUAAAUUCUACUACAAUAGUGCUGGAAGAAAAAAGACCACUGAGUACAACUGGAUUUCUUGACACAGAGGAAGCUUCUGCUGUCACUGGAAGUAAACGCUGGGUAUCACAGUGGGCCAGUUUGGCUGCUAAUCACACACGUCAUGACCAAGAUGAUAUCAGACUGGAGUCGUCUGUGCCUGCUCCUUUAGAAAAUGACACAGACAUGAGUGAGUCUGCUGUUUCUGUUAGAAGCACAGGUUCAGCUGCUUCUAUGACUAGCCAAGGUGAGCGAAAAAGGAGAACACUUCCGCAGCUUCCUAAAGAGGAGAGAGGGAAUGAAAGCUCAAAAGCAAAAACUGCAUCUCAUCAGAGAUCAGAAAUAGGUGAAAAGCAAGACACUGAACUUCAGGAGAAAGAAACUCCAGCUUGUGCCUCAGAUGCUGACAGCAGAUAUAUAGCUAAGUCAAGCAGAGCAAUGAAUGGUCUUUCACCCAAACCAAUUGGAGACAAAGUUUUUUCUUUCCCAAGCUCUUCCAGUAAAGAGAGAGUUGAAACUGGCAAAGAAACUUCUGUAGUGAAACAAGCCUUAGCAAAAAUUCAGCAACAAGAGAGAAAGGAGCAAGGACAGUGGACACCCACAAAAUUAUCCUCUGCAAAACUUGCUGCAAACCACAUUGAGAAAGGUAGGGAGGAAAUUGCUGGUUUACCCAAAACUUUGGAAAAUCAAAACAAAGCUCCUGGACAUGUUACAGAUAAAGGAGAAGUGAAGUUGGUGCAGAGUGAGGGAAAAAGAAGAAAAAACGAGGAAACUGUUAAAGUACAAGUCCCUAAGUCAUCUGGAGGAGAAAGAAAGGAAUCUUCAAAAACAUUAGUGAGGCAAGGUAGCUUUACUAUAGAUAAGCCUAGCACAAAUAUACCUAUAGAACUUAUUCCUCAUAUUAAUAAGCAAAGUGGGUCUGCUGUCCCUUUAGCAUCUGCAAACAGGUUACGUGACAGAAGUGAUUCAAUGGACACUGAUUCUAGUCUGGACACAACACUCAUUUUAAAAGACACAGAAGCUGUAAUGGCAUUCCUUGAAGCUAAAUUGCGUGAGGAAAAUAAGACUGAUGAAGGUCCUGAGACUCCUAGCUAUAACAGAGAUAACUCCAUAUCACCAGAAUCAGAUGUAGAUACAGCCAGCACAAUCAGUCUUGUUACAGGUGACAGUGAAAGGAAAUCCACACAGAAGCGGAAGAGCUUUACGACAUUAUAUAAAGAUAGAUGUUCCUCUGGUUCCCCUUCAAAGGAUGUUUUAAAAUCUUCUGCAACAAGUGCCAGAGAAAAGGUAGAAAAGAAAACUAAAAGUCGAUCUUCAGAGAGUGGGUCUAGAGCCGACGCUCGCAAAGCUGUGCAAUCUGGUGGAAGAAUGAGACAACCAUCAGUAGAUUUGACAGAUGAUGACCAAACAUCUAGCGUACCUCAUUCUGCCAUUUCUGAUAUCUUAUCAUCUGACCAGGAAACCUACUCUGGCAAAUCACAUGGAAGAGUUCCUUUUGCCUCAGCAGAUGAGCUUUUACAUUCCAAGAUGGAAGGAAAAUCAGCUAAAUCAAAAACCUCUCCUGUUGCACUUGGGCAGUCCAGUAAAUCUACCACUCUUCCAAGACCUCGUCCUACAAGGACUUCUCUCUUGCGUAGGGCACGGCUUGGUGAAGCCUCUGAUAGCGAGCUUGCUGAUGCUGAUAAGGCUUCAGUGGCUUCUGAAGUGUCCACCACAAGUUCUACAUCAAAACCUCCGUCAGGGAGGAGAAGUAUUUCCAGAAUAGACUUACUUGCUCAACCUCGCAGGACUCGACUCGGCUCUUUAUCAGCACGUAGUGAUUCUGAAGCAACAAUAACUAGGAGCACUGCCUCAUCUCGUACCCCUGAAGCUAUUAUCAGAAGUGGUGCAAGGUUAACAUCAACUGGAGAUAGUAGUAAAGUUUCUGCCAGAACUCGAGCCAAUAGCAUUUCUCGGCUUUCAGAUUCAAAAUCCAGGUCUUUGGCAUCAGCUCAUAAUUCUCCCUCAGAGAAAUUCAAGCUUCUCCCAGACCCAGAUCCUGAUGUUGAAACUUUCAGUGUAAGCGCAAGAUGGAGGCGCUUUCCUACAGAUUAUGCUUCCACCUCAGAAGAUGAAUUUGGAUCAAACCGUAAUUCCCCUAAACAUACCCGUCUGCGUACCUCUCCAGCCCUGAAAACCACACGACUGCAGAGCACUGGGACAGCAAUAAGUAGCAAUACAUUCAAGCACAGAAUAAAAGAACAGGAAGACUACAUUUGUGACUGGACUGCUCACCGAGAAGAAAUAGCAAGGAUCAGUCAAGAUCUGGCUCUCAUCGCACGGGAAAUCAACGAUGUAGCAGGAGAGAUAGAUUCAGUGACUUCUUCAGGCACUGCCCCCAGUACCACAGUAAGCACUGCUGCCACCACCCCUGGCUCUGCCAUAGACACUAGAGAAGAGGUAGGAGAUCUUCAUGGAGAAAUGCAUAAGUUGGUUGACCGAGUAUUUGAUGAAAGUCUCAAUUUUAGAAAAAUCCCUCCACUAGUGCAUGCCAAACCACCAGAGGGGAAUGGUCGGCCUAAUGGUGCUAGACCUCAGCUUACAGAUGCCCUGGAUCCCCCAACAAUUACCCGGAGAAGGACUUGGAGCAGAGAUGAGGUGAUGGGGGACAGUUUGCUGUUGUCCUCAGUCUUCCAGUUUUCUCGCAAGAUAAGACAAUCCAUAGACAAAACAGCUGGCAAAAUCAGAAUAUUGUUUAAGGACAAAGACAGAAAUUGGGAGGAAAUUGAAAACAAGUUGCGAGCUGAAAGUGAAGUUCCUAUUGUGAAAACAUCCAGCAUGGAAAUAUCAUCGAUCUUACAGGAACUGAAACGAGUAGAGAAACAGCUGCAAGCAAUUAAUGCUAUGAUCGACCCUGAUGGUACCCUGGAUGCACUGAGCAACCUGGGAUUUGGCAGCCCCAUCUUGCCAGCUCAGCCAAAGCCGAAGUCCAGUCCUGUUUCCCAAAGCAGGGGAAGUGCUCAAGUGCAGUCAAACUGCCAGCCCGAAGCUCGUGCUCUUCGACCUACUGCUGGCCCUGAUGCAGCUGAAUUUGAGAAUGCUGAAUCUGAGUCAGAUUUCAGCAUACAUUUCAAUAGGUUUAACCCAGACGGGGAAGAGGAGGAUUCUGCCCUGCGUGAGUGACAUCUCAGUGUUGAUACAAAAAGUUUUUAUGUGGAAUGUUUAGGAAUAAAGUAAAAAUUAUAAUUUUGGGUUUAUAAUUAGAAAAAAAAAAAGGCUUGGUCAAACAGCGGUUGAUUUGUUAAACCAGUUUUCUUUAACUGUGAUACUUUGAUUGUUACACAAAUCCUUUUUGAAUCAUAAAGAUAUGCAUAGGAUACCAGUGUAGAAAAGCAGAUUGUGGCAGGUUUGCCCUUUGUGGUUGUGUGCUUUGCAAAAUAAUUAUUAUAUCAGCAGUUUUCCCUUAAUAGUUUUCUUUCUUUAUAAAAGCCUUGCAAGCAGUCUAACAUUUAAUGUUACUGAAACCCCAAAUCUCUUUGCCAAGCUGCUUUGGUGAAUGGACUUCCUCCAUUAAAGUAUGUACAGAACUGUUGAACAGUUACACCUGAUCCUGAAUUAGACAAUUUAUAUAGGAAACAUUACCUUUGACUACAAUGACACAUUACUGCGAAAGGUAAGACAGAUUUCAGAAAGCAUUCGUUCUUGCGGCCUGAAAAUCUCAAACGGUUCUGUGACUUCUUGUUACUGUCUAAAUUGUGUUGGGGUUUACAAAGUUCACAUAUUAUGUUUGCACUAAGAUUUGCUGGGAGUGAUGGGCGAACAUAUCGAGAUCAUGAAACAGCAAGCAGUGUUUUGGUGUACAUAAAGGACUGCUAAUACUGUCCUUGUAUUAUCACUGCAGUGUUUUAAUCCACUUCCGAAAGGACUAUUUGGCACUUUUUGGUCUUACUGAAAUGUUUUUUUUUUUUGAUCUUAACAGAAGUAGAAGUAUUUCAUAUCAUAUUUCUGUCCGCAUGUUCGUUGCAAAGAAUAAACAAAUUUCAACCUGGCAACGUGAGGCAUUCUUAAGGAUAUUGAGGCAAACAGGCUCUCACCAAUUCAAAUGCAAUGUAAGCUUACAGAAGAAAUAACUGUUCAUUGGAAUGAUGACCAGAUGUAAAUUUUUUUUCCUUGGGGAACCUGGAAAUAAGAGUUGUCAUAAUUUGCUUGAUCGAUAGAUGCACUCCCAAGCAAAUGAUUUUAUUUGCUUCCGUAUAUUUUCCUGUAGUCUUGCUAGUAAAGGUGUCUCUGUCUUACAUAUUUAAAAGGAUUCUGGAAGAUGACUGCUAACAGACAUUUUGCUUAUACCACUGAAAAGCAAGUCUACUUAGAGUUUCCUAUAUAAGCCUAUUUUCCUUAUAAGUUGUCCCAGUAACUUAACAUUUGGAAACAAUAAUCAAACUAAAGGUAAAUGACUGUAUUUCCAGAACACUGUAAUAUGGAGGAAUGUUGUUUCUUUUCGUUGUAACUAAUAGACUGGAAUUUUCCUAUGUUUGCAUCAGUCUCUCUAUAUAUUAAGGUUAAUGAUACAUUUUUUUUCAGCUUUUAUGAAAUGGUCUUUAAUAUUUCAGCAAUAAUCCUGUAUGACGUUUGUUUAAAAAAAAAAAAAAAAGGAAAAUAAAUUACUUUCUGUACACUUUUAAACUGUACAGGUUUCAGAAGUCAGUAAAAGUUGGACCACUUAAUAAAAAAAUGCAAAAACCUUUUUUUGUAGAGUUGUAAAAACAAAACCACUAAUCUGUUAUAUAAGGAAUUUCUUAUUUUCUUUAAAAAAAAUGAAAAGCAAACAGCCUUCAUGUGUGACUUGAUAUGCUCUACUCCAGCUAACUCUGGAAGCCUGAACUGUCCACUAGUUUACAGAGGCUACGAGAAAGGUUUUAGAAGGUGCAGAAGGGCAACAACAAAUCAAAACUAGAGCUAGGUCUUGAAAUCAGAGUGUACCAAAUCAUCGCCAUAAUUCCUUCUUACGUUUAAUGCUUGGGAACAUACUUUUUCUGCGGACUCCAGUGGAAAGUAGGAAAUGGCUAGGAAGGAUUAAAGGUGCAGGCUCUUCAUGCAAAAUUAUGUUUGUGUUCUUUCAGACGUCUCUACCUUUGUGUUCUGUAACAAGCAUUUUGCAUACUAUGUUCUUAUUUUGUACGAACAUGUUCUCCUUAUUUAUUUUUGUUACAUUUAUUAUGUACGUUAUUUUGUUAUAUGCAUUUACAACUCCAUUUUUAAAUAAAGUGUUUCUGGAACUUUACAA